AUGCAGGCUGCCACCAGUGAACGUGUGCGUGAAGGUGACGAGAAUGUGGAGCGAGAUAACUGGUCCUCGAAGAUUGACUACUUGCUCUCAGUGAUCGGUUCUGCUGUGGGUUUGGGCAAUGUAUGGAGAUUCCCGUACCUGGCCUACAGAAAUGGAGGAGGUAUUGUCAUGAAAUCCAAAAUACAGGGGAGAAACAAGCACAAAGACAACAAGUGUCAGCAGCUUGAGGAGAUUCCCCUAAAGGUGUUCACGACAUCAUUCCCGGCAAGUGGGUCUACGUUAAGAAAAUACACAAAGAACCGUUGGGUGCCAAGUGGGAAGAGUGCUGCCAAUCCAGCAGUGAACAGAAAUGAUGAAAAUGUGAAGAGAGGUAACUGGUCCUCGAAGACUGACUCCUUGCUCUCGAUGAUUGGCUGUGCUGUGGGUCUAGGCAAUGUCUGGAGAUUCCCUUUCCUGGCUUACAAAAAUGGAGGAGGUGUAUUUCUUAUUCCCUACUCAAUCAUGCUGGGUCUUGUUGGGAUACCAAUAUUUUUCUUGGAAUCUUCCUUUGGACAGUUUGCCAGCCUCGGGCCUGUUGCAGUGUGGAAAUCUGUACCAAUGUUACAAGGUGUUGGAGUCACCAUGGUCCUUCUGAUCGUAAUUGCCAACAUUUCCUAUGCCUGCAUUAUUGGUUACAGUCUGUACUACCUGUUUGCUUCCUUCCAAUCACCCCUAGAUACCGCCAAUGAACAUGGUGCUGUGGGUGAUGAGAAUGUGGAACGGGGUACCUGGUCUUCGAAGACUGAUUACCUGCUCUCAAUGAUUGGUAAUGCAGUGGGUUUUGGGAAUGUUUGGAGAUUUCCUUACCUGGCUUACAAAAACGGAGGAGGUGCACUCCUUAUUCCCUAUUCUGUCAUGCUGGCCCUUGUUGGGAUACCAUUGUUUUUCUUGGAGUGUUCCUUUGGUCAGUUUGCCAGCCUUGGGCCUGUUGCAGUGUGGAGGGCUGUGCCUAUGUUACAAGGUGUGGGGAUUGCUAUGAUGCUUCUGAUUACAAUGUCCAACAUUUCGUACAACUGCAUCGUUGGCUACAGCCUAUACUACCUGUUUGCUUCCUUCCAAUCACCCCUACCAUGGGCAGACUGCUUCAGUUGGUGGGGAGCAGAUGAAACAUGCAGCAGGACCCCCAAAGAGACUCUCUGCAAUCUCACUCUGACUGAUGGAUAUUUUGAAAUCGUUAAUAUAACACAGCUGCAGGAAAACAAUGGAUCUUGUCCAAAUGGAUCAGAAAUCUCCAAUCCUCACCAGGGCCCGAGUGAGCAAUACUGGGAUAAAGCAGUUUUACGCCGUUCCAGUUCAAUGGAUGAGACUGGGGAGGUAAUCUGGUAUUUAGCCCUCUGUCUGCUUCUUGCCUGGCUAAUAGUUGGGGCAGCAUUAUCAAAAGGAAUCAAAUCUUCAGGAAAGGUGGUUUAUUUCACUGCGACAUUCCCUUACGUGGUCCUGACCAUACUCCUGAUCCGAGGGGUUACCCUGGAGGGAGCUUCUAAAGGAAUUGAAUUCUACAUCGGAAGCCAGUCAGACUUCUCCAGACUGGCUGAUGCUGAGGUCUGGAAAGAUGCUGUGACUCAAAUUUUCUUUUCUAUCUCAGUGGGUUGGGGCACUUUAGUAGCAUUGUUGUCUUACAACAAGUUCCACAAUAACUGCUACAGAGAUACCAUCAUUGUCUGUGUUGUUAAUUGUGCUACGAGUGUGUUUGCUGGAUUUGUCAUCUUCUCCAUCCUGGGACACAUGGCUCACAUACAAGAUAAGCCCGUUUCAGAGGUUGCCCAGUCAGGGUUUGAUUUGGCCUUUAUUGCCUACCCAGAGGCCCUUGCACAGUUGCCAUGGGCAACUUUAUGGUCCAUUUUAUUUUUCUUCAUGCUGAUCACUUUGGGACUUGACACACUGUUUGCAACAGUAGAAGACACAGUUACCAAAGUUGCUGAUGACAUAAAAUUGGAAAGCUGGGAUUUACUGGCUAAAUUUAAUGGAUCAUUACGUUACGGACUGGAUUCUCGUUAUAACAGCUCUCCUGCAACUCAUUGGUCUCAGCUGGAUCUAUGGGAAUGUGGUAACACUGUUACAGUGACUGUCCUGCGAAAUACCCCUGGGCCCAGGUCAUCAUUUAUUACUGAAGAAAAGCGAGCCAGAUUGAAAAGCAACCCAGUCAAAGUACACUUUGCUGAGGAAGUGAUCGUCAAUGGCCAAGUACAGGGUAACUCGCUACUCUUAAUGCCCGGUAUUCUCAAGGUGUAUUGGAAAAUGGACAGACCAAAGCCUUUCGAUUGA